AUGCUGUGCUCUACUGCUACAGAGUCUUUACUACCAGAUGCACCAGCCCAUUCCAAUGGAUUCUCACCACGUGGUUGCCACAGGGUUUACCUGAAGGGGCCCCCCUAUACUGAUGCAAAGCUUGAAAUGUUGAGGAAACUGAGGAACCCCCCUGACAUAGCAUUGGAUCCUCAUCAUAACCUUAAUUAUCUCACCUGGUUGGAGGUCAGCCGGUUACCUCCAUUACUUCCUCUGCGUCCUGACAGACCAUAUGACAGCACUGUUUGGCGACAUCUGACUGAAGCCCCCCAGAGGCUUUCUAAUCAGGGCCCCAUCCCUCCUCCCUCCCAGAUGGCAGAGAAUACUUUGGGAAGAUAUAUAAUGUGUAGCGGAAGAAAGUUAGACAAGCAGGAAACACAAAAAUUGCACUUGCUUACACAAGGCAGAGUGCCCCCCAAAGAUUUACAUGGGAACAUUCUUCCCCCGAAAGGCUUCAAACGAUAUCGUGGUCAGUACCAAAGAACAGUCACUUAUUCUGUGCCAUCUGAAACCUGUGAGCUUCCUCCCCCCCAAAACCAGCAUAAGCCCCAUAAAAUGACCUUGCAAGAGAAAUCUCCCAGAUUUGCCAAUAUCUUACAGAGGUAUCAGGAGCUGCAAGAAACGAGAACCAUUGUCCCCUACAACAGCAGAAUGUCAUCCCCAAGACAUGUGAACCAAACUAAAACAGAAUGACGUUUGCUGCACGUGAUAUAAGACCAGUAAAAAUAAGCAGAUGACAGAAAAUAGCAAUAAAAGAUGAGAGGCUCACACAAAAAGGACAAGACAGCAAAUGAGCUACUUAGUGACAAAAAAAGAUCAAAUUUACUCUAAAAUGAGCACCAUUUAUGUGUUAAACAACAAGCCAUGGAAACAUAAAUGACUGUUAAAGGGACAGUCUACAUUAAAAUUGUUAUUGUUUAAAAAGAUAGAUAACACCUUUACUAACCAUUCCCCAGCUUUGCACAACCAACAUGGUUAUAUUUAUAUACUUUAUAACAUUUAAACUUCUAAAUUUCUGCCCGUUUCUAAGCCACUAUAGACAGCCUCUUAUCACAUGCUUUUGUAUUUGCUUUUCACAACAGGGGACUGCUAGUUCAUGUGGGCCAU